AUGGCCAACGCUUCGACAGUAGACGUACAAGACCGCCUCACCUCGACUCAAGACGCAAAAAAGCGCAAGCGCAAAGAGAAAGAGACACACAUCCUCAACCAGACCACCUUCCGCAAACCCACGUGGUCCUACUUCCACCUCACCCUGGUCACACCAGGCACAGCCGCGCAACCGUCCUCAGCGUCCGCAGCAUCUCCAGAACCACGCGAUAUCGACGCUCUCACUGUAUCAGCCCUCCUUCUACAACCGCUUACGGCGUACCUCGGCACCACGGGCUCAGCUAUCCCGAUCGAUAUUUGGCAUACGCAAGGGCGGAGCGCGUACGUCCGUAUACCGAGGCAAGAUGCAAAAGCUUUCCGCGCGGGUCUGAGCGGCUGGACUGGGGGUUGCGAUGCGGGUAGCGUGCCCGGUAUUGAAGAACCAGGGAGGGUCAGGGUUGCGUGGAGGGUUGUCGCUGAGGGCGGGAGCAUAGGAUUGCUGAGAGGAGCAGGUGAAGAGCUCUUUGGAGACAGCGGGGUUGCGUACUGA